CCGAUUCAAGUUUCUGUUCUGAAUCACAUGCAGCUCGAGGAGCAGCGGGACAUGAUGACCAAUGUGGUGAUUACUGGCUGCCUCGCAGUUGUGUGGAUGAAGAAGCAUGGCGGUAAAGCCUAGUUGAAGGCUGGAGUUUUCUCCCUUUUGUGACGAAGACGACUCAGCAGUUCCUGAAGAUCGAUCUGAGAAGAAUAGACGAAAGCAACAGGACUUGGAACCAUCCCAAAAGGAAGGAACCGUUAAGUAUGAGAGACGAGGAACAGACCAGCGCAGAUCAUCCGGUGGGUGCGGAGUUUUCCAGUGAGGAGAACAUCGGAAAACCACCUUCAAACGCCUGUCCAGUCCUCGUAGCAACACCUGGAUUCCGCAGGCGGAAACGCCACAGAGGUUCACCCGAGACGGGCGACGCCACCACAGUCACAUCAAUCGACGACAAGCUCGGAGACGACGUCCGGAUCGAUUCUCCGAAUGGACUGAAAAAGCUCAAAAGGAGUCCUGAACAUUUGCCUUCUUCUUCAGGGCCGUCCCUUUCUCCGAUUUCUGGUCCAAGUCCUGGAGGGUUGUCGCCCCUCGAGGAUCCACAUGGCCAGCGCGUGAUCGCCAACAUCCGAGAGCGCCAGCGGACGCAAUCCCUGAACGAAGCCUUCGCAUCGUUACGUAAAAUAAUCCCAACGCUCCCUUCGGACAAACUGAGCAAAAUUCAGACCCUGAAACUGGCGUCCCGCUACAUCGACUUCCUGUGCCAGGUUCUGCAGAGCGACGAGAUCGAUUCAAAGCUGAGCGGCUGUAACUACCUGGCCCACGAGAGGCUAAGUUAUGCUUUUUCUGUCUGGAGGAUGGAGGGGGCCUGGUCCACCAUGUCUGCCAGUCACUAGCCUCGUCUUUAACAAAACUAUGUUCUCACUUGAUUGAGAAUGAGUCGCCCGUUUUGACGCACGAGUCUCAGGUUACAUCGUUGGUUUGGCUCACUGAUGAGGCAAAAACUGUGACUCUUAAGGAGAACAUUUCCUUGGAACAUCUGGCUUUCAAAGCUACAAACUCAUUUGUUCGUUUUUCAGCCAGUGAGUCGUCUCUCGGGGACUUUUGCUUUUGUUGUUGCCUUGAAACGAGGAUCUCAAAUUCCAAUCUUUCUGAGAACGUGACCACGUAUUUUUUAAACAAGGUCAACCUCGAAAUAAUGUCUCCUCAUGACUAACCCUGAGCACCGAACUGAAGUUGCCUCCCAUAUUCUACAUCUUCAGCAUCAUCCUGAGCAUCACAACAAUCGCCACCAACAUCCACGUAGUUGAUCCUGUUCAGAGUUCCCGAAUGACUUGGGCUGAAGCCCGGACUGCUCACCUGUCAGUCAGACAGGCAAAGACAUGCAACUAAACUGCUCACAAAAGGAAUCGUUUGUUGCCGCACCACGUCUACCAUGCUUGUCAUGUGGACUUCGGAUUGCCAAUUUCAAGGAUGAGGUGACUGGCUGAUUAUUAUCGCAAACAUGGACCCUACAAAAAACUGGAGAACGUGCAGCUAAAUCUAGAUUUCCAACCCUUUCAGGGACAGCGGUUAGUAUAGUGGACAGCUUCGCGUGUUAUCGGGUUACAGGGUGCAUGAAAGGGUUAACGAGAAAUUUUGCUUCAUGCUGGCACAUCAGCACGUACUGGACGGAAUUCAAAAUCCAAGUGUCCUGACAAUAAAGUUGAUCUAAAAAUGU